UGGGGGGGGGAUCUUGCGAGGGUUGACUACAUUGUUCUUUACGGCGGAGCGAAGGGCAGCUCAGGUGUGCGUCGGCAACUUGAUAUCACAAUAACAAUAGCAGCAGAUAAGAAAGCAUAACGUCAAGUCUUUGAGGGUGCAGAACGAUGAGGUCGUUUUUUUCCCCUGCCACCAUCUAAGCAUCAUGGCCCAUUUAUUGGCUGGUGUUUACAUGUUAGGUGGCUAAUUUAGCAGAUAAUUCACAACAAAGCGUCCACGGAAUAUUACUAAUGAUCAACUGUAAUGAUACUACAUCCAGUGAGUGCUUAUUUAACUUGCAGCCGUGGGAGGGAGCGUUUGUUCCAAUUUGUUUGUCAUGCAAAUAAAAAUAGAGGAAUACAAGUUGUCAGUGGAAAGGGCAAGAUAAAUGCUUGUUUCCACAGCAACUGCGGUUUGUCAUUGUCAAUGUCAUUCUGUCAACCUGAAAUUUGACGACUUUUUUCGAAAGUGACCCAAUUACCCAAAAAUACAAAUAUUUCCAAUUGUCUAAUUUGAAUUUGAAUCAUUUUUACACAUGUGGAAAACUUUCAGACAUGCACAUCAGCACCAGGCCAAAUUUACUUGAUCAUCCCAUUUCCAAAUCCAUUUUGUGCUUCUUCAGAUGAUGCCGAGGAGCUCCUUGGCAGCAUGCAACCUGCACGCAGCUCGCAGGCAAAAUGUGUCAGUGCAUGCUCUAGCUUUUUAUGACUCACAAUAAGCCGUCCAAAGUCCAGCAAAGUCGGGGGUCUGAUAAGCGGAACCAAUAAAAACCGCAGCAGACUGGCAGUGUAAACACCUCGGACUCGGAGAGGGCCUCCACCUCCUCCUCCUCCCUUUUUCUUCGUUUUCUUCUUCUAUUUCGAUUCCUACCUUCUUCUUCUUGUUCUUCUUCUUCUGGUGUUGCAUUUACAUAAAGCCCCCGUCAGCCGGCCCACUCAUUAGCAUCUUUUAUAUGCCCGGAGACAGGCGGCAGCAUCAUGGCAAAGUAGAUCCAUCCUCCUCGCUCUCGAACAGGUGUCAGACGGACCGGAGAGCCCAAACGGAACUUAUACACUUCUUUUUUUUUCCCUUUUCUUUUAAUUUUUUUUUUUUUUUUUUUUUGAUGUUCUCCAACCUAGUGUCCAAGUUGACGUCCCUGCAGCAGGAGCUCCUGAGCGCUUUGCUGGACUCCGGGCUCACCAGGGAGGUUCUGAUCCAAGCGUUGGACGACAUGGACCCUAACCCGGCCGCGGGGUUCGGGGUGAAGCUGGAGAGGCUGCAGCCUCCGCUGUCUCCCCGCCACAAAUGCAACUCCAACGGCGAGUCGUGUGACGCCAAGCCGGUGUUCCACACGCUGACCAACGGCCACGGCAAGGCGGCCACCAAACUGUCCGGCGACGAGGGCUCGGAGGACGGCGACGACUUCGACACGCCGCCCAUCCUCAAGGAGCUCCAGUCGCUCAACACGGAGGAGGCCGCCGAACAGCGCGCCGAAGUCGAGCGCAUGUUGGCGGAGGAUCCGUGGCGUGCCGCCCGCAUGAUCAAAGGUUACAUGCAGCAGCACAACAUCCCACAGCGCGAGGUGGUGGACAUCACAGGCCUCAACCAGUCGCACCUGUCGCAGCACCUGAACAAGGGCACGCCCAUGAAGACCCAGAAGCGUGCCGCCCUCUACACCUGGUACGUGCGCAAGCAGCGGGAGAUCCUCAGACAGUUCAACCAGGCUGUGCAAGGUUCUGGCAGCAAUAUGACAGACAAAGGCAAUCAGGAUCCGGUGUUUUUUUUCCCAGAGUUCAACCCGUCCGGUCAGGGCAUGGGUCAGGCCGGCGGUGGCGACGAGAUUGGCGGCGAGCCCUCCUCCAAGAAAAUGAGACGUAAUCGUUUCAAGUGGGGGCCCGCCUCGCAACAGAUCCUCUACCAGGCCUAUGAGAGACAGAAGAACCCCAGCAAGGAGGAGAGGGAGGCACUGGUGGAGGAGUGCAACAGAGCCGAGUGCCUCCAGAGGGGUGUGUCGCCAUCCAAAGCUCAGGGCCUGGGGUCAAACCUGGUGACGGAGGUGCGCGUGUACAAUUGGUUCGCCAACAGACGCAAAGAGGAGGCGUUCAGGCAGAAACUGGCCAUGGAUGCCUACAGCACGCCGGCCACGCACAGCAUCAACACGCUGCUGUCCCAUGGCUCGCCGCACCACCCGCAGACCAGCGCUUCACCCCCAAUGCGCUACAGCCAAGGACCCGGGGAGGUAACGUCGUCCACUACCAUUAGCCACCAUGCUAGCAGCGGCAUGGCUACCAGCCAGUCGGUGCUCCAACAGGUGUCACCGGGAGGACUGGACCCCAGCCACAGUCUGCUGUCACCCGAUACCAAGAUGAUUUCAGGUUCCGGCGGCGGCCUCCCUCCCGUGAGCACGCUGACCAACAUCCACAGUUCGCAUCACAGCCACCAGCAGACACAAAACCUCAUCAUGCCACUUUCUGGAGUCAUGGCCAUCGCGCAAAGUUUGAACACGUCGCAGUCUCAGUCGGUGCCAGUGAUCAACAGCGUGGCAGGCAGCCUGGCGGCCCUGCAGCCAGUGCAGUUCUCGCAGCAGCUUCACAGUCCUCACCAGCAGAGCCUCAUGCAGCAGUCACCCAGUCACAUGAGCCAGCAGCCGUUCAUGGCCGCCGUCACGCACUCGCACAUGUACCCUCACAAGCAGGAGCCGCCGCAAUAUUCUCACCCGUCUCGCUUCCCGUCGGCCAUGGUGGUGACGGACGCCAACACCAUCGGUACACUCGGCUCCAUGACGCCCAGCAAGACGGAUGCUCCGGUAAACAAGAUGGUGCAACUCGGGGGUCUCUCCUGGUGUCCUCUUCAAGCGUGGUGAGAGCGUGUGCACCUGACUUCCUCGCUGCCCGGCAACCCCAGUGCAUUUUUUCCUCUUUUUUUUUUUUUUUUUUUUUCCACCUUUCCCGCUUGCCCGUCACUGUGGCGACGGAUGACGAAUCGGGUGGGGGGGGGAAGCUGCCAAGAGGGGGGACGACCACACGGCAGCCAUGGCUGAACGGACCGGAGUACCUGCCAGGCGAGGAUCGGGGCUUAUGUGUGUCGUCGCAUGAUUGAGCAGGACGUAUGAUUGGUUCGAGCAGUGUAAACCUUUUCACAGUGACGUCGCGCGUACUUCUGGGUGGCAGAAAACGGAACUUUCAACUUGUCAACAAAUUCUGUCAUGUCAUUUGACCAAGGCAGAGGAACAUGAAUUUGAAAGAAGAGAGCAAAUGGCUCAAAUGAUGAUUUGGGACUUCUUCUCGAAUGUGUGACGUGUCAGUCGAAAGAUUUUUGUCUCAGAUUAUGAUCAUGGCCAUUUAGCGAUAUAAAAGAAAAAUAGACUACGAUUAUAAAUAAAACAUAGGUUAUUUUGGACAAAACCAUUACAUAUCGGUGCUCAGUAUUUGA